AGACGCCAGUCCAGUGUGUCUCUACCACAGAGACCAUGGCCUGGCUGCUCUGCAUCACCUGCAUCCUGCUCACCUGCCCAGCGCUGCUGCAGGGCAAGGCUUCAGAGUACCAGCUGGAGUCAGAGACCCAGAGCGCAUGUGAGCUGCUCAGAGCGGCAGCAGUCGACACAAAGCGAGGCGACGUCCCUCACUGCACGGAGGACGGCAGGUUCAGACCUGUGCAGUGCAGUGUUGGGGCUCGGGAGUGCUGGUGUGUUGAUGCUAAGGGUCAGGAGGUUGAUGGGACCAGAACCAACAGCUCAGCUGCUUCCUGUGAGUAACAGGAUUGUGCAGAUCAAGGGCCCGUCGCCCUGCCAGCGGCAGACGCUCCUGCGCUGCACCGCUUCGGGCCUCUUCAGGUCCGUUCAGUGUGACUCUGGCACAGGUCAGUGUUGGUGUGUGGACCAGGACGGCAUGGAGCUGUACGGCACCAGACAGACCGGGAGACCUCAACGCUGUCCCGGUAGCUGUGAGGUCAGGUCCCGGCGUCUCCUCCACAGCUCGGGGUUUCCUUCCCCUCCACAGUGUGCAGCAGAUGGCAGCUUCCUCCCUGUUCAGUGUAAAUUCAUCAACACGACCGACAGAACCGAGCUGGACCUGCUGUUCGCCUUCAACAGGUUCCCAGAAGCCUUUCAGACAUUUGGCAGUUUCAGGAUGAUGUUCCCGAUGGUUUCCUCGUACUGUUUCUGUGCAGACAGUCGAGGCCGGGAGCUGCAGAACACGGGUGUGGAGCUCCUGCUCUCUGAGGUCUACGACUCUGCGUUCUCACGACUUCCCUCUGGUCGCUCCUUCUCUCAGACCAACGUCUACAGGGUCCUGCAGAGGAGGAUGCUGGGAGUCCGCCUCGCCCUCAGCGGACACUUUAGAUGUCCCUCUGCCUGCGAGGAGGAGCGCCGAGCAGCCACGGAGGCGUCCGCCUUUUACAUCCCGUCCUGUGAAACCAGCGGCCACUUCUCCUCCAGACAGUGUCAGCGGGACGGCCGGUGCUGGUGCGUGGACGCCGCCGGGGCCGAGGUUCCUGGGACCCGUCAGCAGGGAGACUCGCUGCUCUGCAGUUCAGGUCUUGGUGAUUGUCUCUCUCGCCGUCGUCUGGCUCUGUCUCGGCUCUUCUCCGGACCUGCUGAUCCUCCUCUCUUUGAGGUCUCCUCUGGCAGAUCUUACUCGUGUGAGCUCCUUAUCGGGCCUCUCCGGGACCUGCUCCCAGUGGAGACGGAUGCAGCCUCCUUCCUGUCCCGCCUCGUGGAAGUCCUUCAGGGUCUCUUCCCCUCCAUAGAGGCAGCUCUUCAGGCGCUGUCUCGUUCCUCGUGGCUUCGGUUGCAGGAGGAGCUGUUUGGAGGGAAGUACCUGAAGAACGUUGCUGCCUUCAACUUCAGCGGUGCGGUGGGAUCUCAGGGAGCUCUUGGUCUGGAUCCGCUCUCCUCUCAGAAAUACCAGGGCUUGGUCCAGUCUGUCAGCAGGGUCCUGGAGGACCCCUCUUUCCUGUCUGGCCUUCAGCACACGCUGAGGUCUCUGAGCAGGUCACGGUCGGCGUCACUGGAACAGGUCCUGACGCCGCUGCUUCGCUCCUGCUCUGCUGAUGAAGAGGACGACGCAGCAGGCAUCUAUACUCCAAGCUGCACAGCCAACGGCGCUUUCCAGGAGGUUCAGUGUCACGGUGGUGAGUGCUGGUGUGCAGAUCAUCGGGGUCAGGAGGUCGCAGGGUCACGGACGGCUGGUCGCCGGCCUCGCUGUCCGACGCGCUGCGAGACGGACAGAAGCACGGCUCUGAAGGUGAAAGCCGGCUUGGCUGCUAGCGCUGACGUCCACAUCCCAGCGUGUGCAGAAGACGGAGCGUUCCUGCCGCUGCAGUGUAUCGGAUCACGCUGCUUCUGUGUGGAUGCGGACGGAAACACCCUGAGUGCUGGACCAGCAGGGGGCGCUAUGCUCUGUCCAGAGAGAACAACACUGAAGGUUCAGUCACCUACAGGUGGGUGUGCCAGGGCGCUAGCUGAGGUCACAGCGUUCAGGCAGGAGGUGCAGAGCAUCAUAGCUCUCUCCAACUCAUCACACCUCCCUGUGGGAUAUGGAUUCAUGCUGGCUGAAGGCGUUCGUCUGACCCCCGAGGAGCUCCAGACCGGCCGAUCACAGGAGGAGCGCCGCGUGUCUGACGCUCUGCUCAACGCCUCCAAAGCCGCUCUGCGAUUGGCUGCUUACUCUACUGUUCAGAUGUUGGCGCCUCCUCAGCAUCGUUCCUACCUGCCCUUCACUCCACAGUGUGAUGCUUACGGAGACUGGCUGCCCACACAGUGCUACCACAGCACAGGUCAGUGCUGGUGUGUGGAUGAGGAUGGAGAAUAUGUCCCCACGUCUCUGAGCAGCCGCUCUCUCAGCCGGCCUCAAUGUCUGACCCGCUGUCAGAGAGCUCAGGCUCACACGCUGCUCUCUGGUUGGGCGAAAGCCUCUGACAUCACCACUUCACUUUUCCAGCUGAAGUGUGACGAGGACGGUCGGUUCUCUGUGCUGCAGACAGGAGGCGCUGUAGGCUGGUGUGUCAACCCUGUGACCGGAGAGACCGUACAGAUGGCCUCACAGAGCGCCACAGGACAGCUAACAUGUCCCAGCUGGUGCGAGCUGCAGGGUCUUCAGUGUCGACCCGACGGUUCCUUUAGUCCACUGCAGUGUGAUGUCACUUCCUGCUGGUGCGUGUCUGAAGACGGACAGGAGGAGGGCGGGACUCGGAUGCUUCGGCAGACAGGACAGACGCCCUCGUGUGCUCGUCCUCUCUGUCCCCAUCCCGUCAUUACCCAUGGUGCUCUGGUCUGCCGCCCAGAGGCUGAUGGUCGUCAGGGUUGUGACCUUGUCUGUUACCGUGGUUACCAAAACGCGCUUCCUGUAAGCAACUUCAUUUGCCAGACUGAGAGUCUACAGUGGAAAAAUGACAACAACCCUCUGAGUGGAGCGUGUCAGAUGUCUCAGCCUUUGCAGUCGGUGUCGGUGUCUCAGCUCUGGACGCUGUCAUCCGCAUGUUCCCAGAUCAGCAGUUUACAGUCUCUGCUAUCCACGGCAUUGAUCAGCAGGGGGCUGUGCUCUGCACAGCUUUCCGCCUCCGGUCGCUCCGUGACGCUCUGCGACGACUCGUCCCUUCGUCUACAGUGUGACGGUGAUGAUUCGCUGCUGACACUCAGGUGGACGGCCUACUUGUCUGACCUCCCGACCUCUGACCUCCCCGACCUGCAUGACGUCAGUCUGUUCCUGAACGAGACCAGACUUCUAGAAGACGUUCGGAAGCUUCUGAUUAGUGUCCGGUCUAUGCCGGAGAUUAAACUAGUUUCAAUGACAACUCCAAACUUCAACUGUUCUCCCGGUUUCCACCUGAGCAGCGACGGUCAAGGCUGCGUCGUCUGCCCUGCAGGAACCUUCUUCAGGGAGGGGGGGUGUCUCGUUUGUCCUGAAGGAACCUAUCAGAGCGAGGAGGGCAGGGACUUCUGUAGCAGCUGUCCCAGAGGCUCUUCUCCUGUUGGUGCAUCAUCCGUUUAUCAGUGUGUGACAGAGUGCGAGAGGCGGCGUCUGCGGUGCUCAGAGCGCGGGGACUUUCUGCCAGCACAGCCUGACUUCCUGUCCAACAGGUGGAGGUGUGUUAACAGUGAGGGGGAGGAGCUUGAAUGGACCAAUAGCAACAAGCCUUGGACUGAUAACGAGUGCUCAGUUCUCAUCAGGUUUGAAGCAGUUCCUGGAUCAGAACUGUUUAGAGCUGAAGAUGCUGAAGUCCUGCAGAACAUGACCUCUGACCUCCCAACCUGUGUCCAAGCGUGUGCAGUGAACCCGUCCUGCCACCAUGUGGCGCUGUUCAGCAGACGGACUCGGUGUGAGCUGUAUAGCACACACACACUGAACACACACUGCAACACCUCCCAACAGUCCAGAGGGUUUCUGGGUAAUCCUCAGGCUGAAUAUUUUGAGUGGGUGAGCUGCUCUGUGGCCGUGAGGGGCGGGCCCUCAGAUCUGCUGGUUGUCAGAAAGAAAGGGGCAGAGUUUUCCUCUCUGCAGCUGCAGAGUUUUGUGAGGAUGAAGAUGAUGAAGGCCGUCUCAGGUGUGUUUAGGACCCAGGUGUUCUCCUCCAGACACACCUCUUUGUCCGACGCUCAUCGUUUCUGUCAGGAUAGCUGCAGCCGAGACACCUGCUGUGAAGGAUUCAUCCUCAACCAGAACAGCCUGAGUGGAGGCUCUGUGUUCUGUGGUUGGCUGAGCGCUCCAUCAGUCCUGAUGUGCGGCGACCAGGACUGGGAUGUGAGAGGACAGGGAGGGGCUGAUCGCGCCUGUGGACCGGGUCUGACCUAUAGCGAGCUGCACAAGAGCUUCGUGUUUGACUUUGGAGGACAAAACUUCACCAUCACUGAUUCUGCUCUGCCUCCGGACACCAAGCCCAAGUCGGACUAUCAGGCAUCCAUCAUCAGCUUCCAGGCCGUGUACAUGGACACUGAUGCAGGUUCGACUUCUUCCUGUGCAGCGGCAGAACCCGGGCCUCCUCUGGAUGUGUCUGUGCAGCAGAGGUUUCAGCCUCUGUUGGAAGACGACAUUGUUGUGGAUCCGCAGGCGAAGCUCCCUGUUCUGUCCUUCUGGCUCAAUAGGCAGAACUACAACUCCCAGCAGGCCCUGUUCUGGUGUCUCACACGCUGUGAUGUGGAGCAGCAGUGUUACGUUGCUGACCUCACAGACGCCGACUCAGCAGGUUUCUUCAGCUGCUCCUUGUAUCCCGACAGUCGAGUCUGCGGAGGUUACGACAAACGUGUGAGACGAGCCUGCCCCCUCCUGCUGAACAGAGCACCCAGCAGCACCUACAGCAAGAAAGUGGACUUGUCUGGACCAGUAAAGAAUUUCUACGAGCGAGUUUCUUUCCAGAAGAUGGUUUCCUACUCUGUACGCAGCCGAGUCGGUCUGAGAGAAAACACAGGGCUGUCUGAGGGGUUCAUGGCGUGUGAACGUCGUUGUGAUGAAGAUCCCUGUUGUCGUGGUAUCGGCUUCAUCCGAGACUCCGAGUCAGCAGGGGGUUCAGAAUCAGUCUGUCUGUCUCUGAUCAGUCUCGGAGUCCAGACCUGCAGUGAGGAGGACCUGACCACCUGGAGGACUCAGGACUGCACUCCGUCUGUAUUGAAGACGGCACCAGAACCGCUCGGCUGGUACCAGAAGCCUGUGAAUCAGUGGACUUCUUCUCCGGCUCUGUGUCCUCUGUUUAACCUGCCCCCCACCAAAACCAACGUGUCUAUGGACGAGUGGCAUCGCCUCCCCGAGUCAUCGGUGCUGGUUGACCCAUCGGUCUCUAUGUAUGAUGUCAUCCAAGUGAGCCGUGACAUUGCCACUGACCCAAAGAAGACCAGGGACUGGUGUCUCCAUGCCUGUCAGGAGGCGGAGUCCUGUGCUGCCGUGUCACUCAGUGAGGCGGAGUCUGCCACUCGCUGCGUCUUCUACCCCGACACCACAGUCUGUGGGCUAAGCUCCGCCCCCAGCUCAUCUGGCACCGCCUCCUCCUGCAGGCUGGUCAUCAGAGAGCCCGCCUCCCAGGUGUACCUGAGGACAGCGCGGCUGCCGGUGGUGACAAACAUCUCCAUCGAGGGUCAUGGGGUCCUGCAGGGAGGUACCGUGGAGACGGUCCUGGGCUCGUACCGCAGGACUGUGGUUCAGUUCCUGGGAGUCCCAUAUGCCCGUCCACCCAUGGGACCGCUGCGCUUUGAGCCGGCUCAGCCAGCGGAUUGGACAGGAACAUGGGACGCCACAGAGCCACGGCCCAGCUGUAUCCAGCCUGGUGAUGUAGAGUCUGCAGCCUCCAGUGAAGACUGCCUCUACCUCAACGUCUUCAGUCCUGCUGCUCAGAGGGGGCGUGUCCCAGUCCUGGUCUUCUUCUUCAACCCUCCAGCCAAUAACAGCCCAGGACUGUUGGAUGGCUCCACCCUCGCCGCCGUGGGAAGUAUUGUUGUGGUAACAGCCAAUUACAGAACAGCAGCGCUGGGAUUCCUGAGCACAGGGGAGUCUGGUCUCCAUGGCAACUAUGGACUGUCAGACCAGGAGGCAGUCCUCCGCUGGGUUAAUGCCCACAUCUCUAAGGUGGGAGGAGACAACAGGAGAGUGACAGUUGGGUCUGAGCGGCGUGGGGCUGACAUCGCCAGCCUUCAUCUUCUGUCUUCAUCAUCGCCUCUGUUCCACCGAAUGAUGCUGAUGGGCGGUUCCGUGUUCUCUCCAUCACUGCUCCAGACUCCUGCUGCCUCUAGACAUCAGACAGUGGACCUGGCCAAAGAGCUCGGCUGUGUGACCUCUGACCUGACAGAUGAGACCACGGUCGGCUGCCUCAAAGCGACGCCUGUCCACACACUGAACGCUGCUCAGACCAAGCUGCUGGCGGCCAGCGGUCCGUUCCAGUCAUGGGCUCCAGUCUGGCAGUCAGGCUCCCUGUCGUCCUUCCACAGAGUCGACCUGCUGCUGGGAACGUCUGACCACGACGGGCUCAUCAGCCGAGCGCGCAGGAUAAAGGACUUUGAGGCUCUUCAGGGCCGGGCCGAUGGUAAAAGCGCCUUCUACGAGGCUCUGAGCCGGUCGCUGGGUGGCGUGAAAGGCAACGCGCUGCUGAAGGAGGCGGCGGCCUGGCUCUACUCCCUGGAUCACAGCCCCUCAGCCGCCGGAUACAACCUGUUCUCCAGAGCACUCAGCAACGCCACCAGGGAUCUGUUCAUCAUCUGCCCCAGUCUGCAGAUGGCUCGUCACUGGGCUAACAGCCAGGCCAACGUCUUCCUGUACCACCAACCCACCAGCAGCGCUGCAGACAGGUCCGAUCCGUUUGUUCCUCUGGACGUCCAGCUGGUGUUCGGGACGCCUCAUCACCCACAGAGUCUUCAGCGUUUCACCACCUCUGAUCGCCGCCUCUCUCUGGCCAUGAUGACCUACGUGUCCAGCUUCAUACAAAACGGGAACCCAAACCCAUCCCGUGUCUGGCCCGGUUCUGUCCUGCCACGCUGGCAGCCUGUCCUGCCCUCUGAGACGCUGCCCACCUAUCUGCAGCUAAGUCCUGCCCUGCUACAACAGAAAGGUCUGGCUCAGAACACCUGCUCAUUCUGGACCCAGCUGGGAGCCGGACUCACAAGUCAAACGGAUGGGUCUGAUCGCCUUGUGUCAAUCCCUGAGCUCCCAUUGGCUGCAGUGCCCGACCAAUCACAGCCUGAGGGAGAUGCCUACAGCUAAAUGUUGAUUCCAGUUUGAUAAACCCACAAUAAAAUGUCUGAAUCUUGUUGAAUCAAUAAACAGCAACCUAAUAAACA